GAAGGACGUAUUGCAGUCGUCGGGCGUUUCAUAUGAUUUGUCGAGAGUUCUUAGAGCGAACCAAUGUUCUUCGCACGUACUAUCUACCACGCGUACGAUGGCGUCUGCUAUUCUGGAGAUGGAAGAAGAUAAAGGAAGAGCUCGGCGUUUCUAGAUAACGGUGUUUUCUUUCUCUAAAGGGAAAGGAAAGAGAGAGAAAGAGAGAGCGAGUGAGAACGAGUCAGAUGACGAGAAAGAGGAGGGGAAGAAACGGACGGACGGUCACGUGCACGUUGAGCGAGUCUCUCAUCACAACGACCUUCAGUUCAUCGCCGAACGUUCCUCAUACGAGUAGGGUAAUUUACUUGCUUCUAACCGGCACGAACAUAACCUUAACAAAUUCUUUGAUAUAUCCAUUCUUCAUUUCAAAGUGUCUGCUGCUACUAUGAUCACAGAUAGAACGAGACUCGCUUAUGUUACCGCAGCCGCAGUUGGCGCCGGUACAGCAGUUUUCUUUAUUUGGUGGUGGUGGAGUCGCAAACAGAAGUAUCAGGCACCUUCGAAAUGGAGAAAGGUCGGUGAACUUAGCGAUCUCGCUACAUAUCCGGUGAAAUCAUUGGGCCCAAUUAGAUACACGACGAUGGAGUGUACUAUGUUGGGCCUUAGAGUGGGAUGGUUACGCGAUCGGACGUUAAUGGUUAUCGAUCUUGAUGGAAACUUUGUCACUGGUAGACAAUUACCAAAAAUGGUUCAGGUAUCACCAAGCAUUACGGGUUCGGUGUUAACCUUGAAUGCUCCAGGAAUGAUGUCGGUGUCAAUAGAUCUUGCUUGUAUUAGAGGAAAAAGUUUUCGUGCUGCGGUAUGGGGUCAAGCAGUAGCUGCUUGCGAUUGUGGAGAAGAAGCAGCCAGAUGGUUGUCACGUUUUCUUCUUCAGGAAGAUACCGGUCUUCGUUUGGUUUAUUAUCCGUUAGAACGGCCAUCGAGAGAAAUAAGAGAGAAAAACAGGGUCUUUCCUUUGACCGAGACUAUAGAUACCGGCGCUUAUCCAGAUGCUACGAGCUAUAGUCUCAUAAACGAGUCCUCUGUAACGGAUUUAAAUUCUCGAUUGGAAGAACCAGUAACACCGUCGAACUUCCGAGCGAAUUUUGUCGUUAAAGGAGCGAUCGCCUUGGAAGAAGAUAUUUGGGAUUGGGUUAAGAUCGGAGAUGUGAUUUUUAGAAACAUUAAGCCUUGCACAAGGUGUAUAUUUACCACGGUUGAUCCUGAAACGGGUAAAAAAAAUCCAAAGGUCGAACCUUUAAAGACAUUGAAAAGCUAUAGACAGAUCAUGGAUCCGGAUAUUCGUCCUUUUACUGGGGAUUGUCCAGUCAUGGGAAUUCAUCUUGGUUUGAGAGGACCAAACGGCACCGUACGUUUAGGCGAUGCAGUUUACGUUGGCAUUCCGAACGAGGAAGAAACCCCUGUAAUAUCGCCUCCAUAGCUACACCGAUGGGCCUCCUGUGAGGAUGAAAUUAUUUUUGACGAAGUGAAUUCUCUCGUUGGAGACCAUAGAACGUGACGUGUUCACAUUGGGGAGAUAUAAAAAAAAUUAUAUCCAACGUGUUGUUCCUCUCCGAACUUCGAAAUAGAUUUUACAAAGCUACGUACUUAUUAAGAUUAGCGAUAAUAUUAAGAAAAGAUUUUUCAAAUAAUAUUUUCACCAUAAUCGUGUCGACAAAAUUCGGCAUAAUCAAGAGUAUACGUACGGACAAUUCAUAAAGAAAUUUCUUUGCUAAUUAGAUUAUUUAAUUAUUUUGUCGUCAUAUUUCAAUAGAUUAGUAAUGGUAAUAUAUAUAUAUAUAUAUAUAUAUAUAUAUAUAUAUACAUAUUAUAUAUUAUAUAUAUAUGGGAGCUUCCAUAGGUACGAGUAUCAUGGAAUUAGCGAAUUAUAUUUUUGUAAAAGUAUUACGUUGAUUAGAUCUAUUCAUUCGAUACGAUUUUCAAAAAUGAAAAGAGAAAGGAAAAAAAAGGAAAAAGAAAAGGAUGAAUGAAUGCGGAAUACACGAUAACUUUGUACAAAAGAUGUUAUCGAUUAAAAACGAAUUUGGUCAUAA